UCCAAUGUUAGGACUUCUUCGUACUUUAAGUCAAUCAAGAGCAAUCAAUGGAGAUGCAUUUGAAUCAUUGUCCAUACUGAUAAAAAAUAAUAGAAAAGCAGACGUAUUAGUUACUAAUUUAUUAUUUCGACCAUUAAUCAUAUUUUUAAAACCAAAAUACUAUCGAAUAUUCAUGCAAUAGUAUUAAGAUUAUAGUAAAUUCCCCAUGAUAGUAGAUAAGAGAUUGAUAUCAAAAGGAAUGCUUAUGGAAGGAGGAGCAAAGUGGAAACAAUAAAGAAGUCUUUUAGGAGCUCAUUUUGAAUACAACAAGCUUAUCAAUCUCAUACCAAUGAUAAAUGAUGUUGCAUAAAGGAAAUUAACUAAUCUACCAAAUUCAAUAUUUCCAGUUAUGAAUAUAGCUUCAUCAAUCACAGGGGAAGUAGUACUUAGAGCAUUUUUUGGAGAAGAUAUUGCCUAAUUAAGUCUAAAUGGAUAAGACCCUUCAUAAUGCGUCACACAAUUGAUCACUAGAUUUGGACAAUUAAUCACUGAAUCUAAAUUAUUUUAAAUAAAGAGAGCUUUACUUGAAGAAAAAGUAUUCAGUCUAUUUCCAAGAAAAAUAGAAAAAGAUCUAUAUGAACUUAAUACUGUUAUGUUAGAUCAUAUGAAAAAGGCAAUUUAAAGUAGAAUGGACAAAUUAAAAGAUUGUAAAGACAUUGUACAUAAGGAUUAUCUUGAUGUUUAUUUAGAUGUAUAUCUAAACAAAAAUGAUUAAAUGAAUCCUCCUAUCACAGAAGAUGAAAUUUUAUAAUAGUCUAUUACACUUUACUUUGCAGGGACUGAAACUACAGCAAAUUUAGUAACAACAGCAUGUUAUUUCUUGGCUGAGAAUCAACAUCUUUAAGAAGAAGUUUAUUAAGAAAUUCUUGGUGUAUUGAAUGGAGAAUAAAUAAUUACAGCUAAACAUUUAUAAAAUCUAUAAAAAGUUACAGGAUUUUUAAUGGAAUGUCUCCGAUUAAAACCAGUGGCUCCUAUGUUGAUAUCCAAAUAAGCUUAGAAGGAUUUAUAUAUUAAAGAUAUUUUCAUAAAAAAAGGUAGAAAUAUAAUAAUAAUAAUCAAUAGGAUGGUAUGUCAAUUAUAUGGUAUUAUCUAAUGCAUAAAAUAAGAAAUAUUUUUCAAAUCCAAAAAAAAUAGAUAUAACAAGAUGGAAAUCUGAUGGAACUUUAAAAGAUUCUAACAUAGAUCCAUUUGCUUUUGUACCAUUUUCAGCUGGAGGCAGAAAUUGUAUAGGUUAAUAUCUAGCAUUAAUUGAGAGUAAAAUUGUUAUAUCUAAAAUAUUGAUGAAUUAUAAGUUGAAAUUAAAUGAAAAGAUUAUAAGAACAGAGUGGAUAGCUAAAAUUACUUAUGGUUUAUCAAAUCAAGAUUACAUAACAUGGGAGGCAAGAUGAUU